GAUUACGUAACAAGCAACCCUCCUCCACACACUUUCUCCACUCUAUCAGUGAACGUUGACAGAAUCGAUCGAUAGAAAAAAUGGAGUACAGAUAUUUAGGUAAUACCGGCUUAAAGGUUUCCAACCUUUGUUUGGGCACCAUGACCUUCGGCGAGAACCCGAAUCGGCCGGGUCAAGCGGAUGAGAAGCUCUCCCAUGAGAUCAUGGACGCUUUCGUGGAGUCCGGGGGAAACUUCAUCGACACGGCCGAUUGCUAUCAAAUGGGCUUGACCGAAAAGAUUGUGGGCAAAUGGCUCCAAAAGCAACCUCGGCGGGACAAGAUCAUCAUUGCCACCAAACUCGCUCAAGCCAUGCGAGAUGAUGAUCCCAAUUGUGCGGGUCUGUCACGCCAUCAUAUCAUCACCAAUGUGGAGGAGAGCUUGGAGCGACUGCAGACCUCCUACAUCGAUCUACUGUACGUCCACGUUUGGGAUCACGGAACACCCAUUCAAGAGACGCUCUCGGCCUUGUCGGACUUGGUGCGAUGUGGCAAGGUUCAUUAUAUUGGGGCCAGCAACUUCACCGGAUGGCAGAUCCUGACGGCCUCGGAAACCUCGAAGAGCCUUGGCCUUGAGAAAUUUUGCUGCCUUCAGCAACAGUACAAUCUGAUUGUACGAGAAAUUGAGUGGGAGGUCACGGAGGCCUGUUCAAUGACAGGAAUGGGACUCAUUCCAUGGAGUCCUCUCAAGGGUGGGUGGCUCUCAGGAAAGAUCCAUCGUGGAUCCCAGGGUGCUCCUACGGGUUCACGGGUGGCCUUUGCCCAAGAAACUGGCAAAGCCAAUCAAAGUGGACCCGAUUUCGAUUCCCUCGCUGCCCAACCUCGAGUUUGGAACAUUUUGGACCAACUCAAGAAAACUGCCGCAUCCCAUGGGAAAACAGUCGCUCAGGUUGCCAUUCGCUGGUUGCUUCAAAGACCCAAUGUUCCAAGCGUGGUGAUUGGUGCCAAGACCCUCGGUCAACUCCAGGACAAUCUGGGAGCCGUUUCAUUCCAACUGUCCUUGGAGGAAAUGAAGAGCCUCGACGAGGCCUCGGCCCUGCCCGCGCCCUAUCCAUACGAGAUGAUCCAAAGAUUGAAUACCAAACGAGUCCGUUAGAUCACACGCAUACGUAUUCUUUUUUAUUGAUAGCACUAACAUCUACGUGUCACACAUACAAGAACAUGCAUUCUCGUGGA